AUGAGUGGACGAACUCAAAUCUACAGCCAUCAUCUGCCUGAUCUCGUGGCUGCCCUGCGGGAAGUCGUCAAGGAGACUGCUCCCGAGGAUAAGGCCAUCCGAGGCCGAUGCACCUACUGCGAUAGGCCAGGAAAGAACACCUGUGGUCAAUGCAAUUCGGCCAAAUAUUGCUCUGCCGCCUGCCAGAAGAAGGACUGGCCCACCCACAAGGUACUCUGUUACCAGUUUGUCAACGACUUCCAGGACUCCAAGCGCCCGUCCUACAAGCACGUCCGAGGCAUCCUGUUCCCAGCAGGUGAAAACAAGCCCAAGUUCAUCUGGGUCAGGCAAAUUCACACUUCCAAUCAGGCUCGCCUCAUCCUCUCCGAACACCUCCAUUGCACCGAGUCGACGGGCUUAGCAGACUCCUGCACCUUCGACUGGAUGCCUAGUAAGUUCGAGAAGCAUGGCCACGGCCUCAUGGUCCUCAAACGUUGCCUUUUCCCGCCGUCUGGCGACAUCCCCAUCAACAAGAGUAUCUUGUCCCUCAGCAAGCCGGGCCACAUGAAGCUCCGUUUUGGCAACCACCUCUUCCUCGCCCACAAGUCGGGCCGCGAAGCCACGUACCUCCUCGACGACACCGACCUCCGCGACUUCCGUCACGCAAUUGACUACUACCAACAAAGCCCCUACAAUCCGUGCGUCGUUGACCCGGAGCGCUACCCCCUGCCUACCGUCCCCGGCCUCCUCCUCCACUGCGACGGUGCCCUUCGCCGCCUAUUUGAGUUCGGUGUCACCAAGCCCAUCGAGCAGGUCAUAGUCCCGCGCAAGUACCCCUCGGACUGCAGCGAGUUCAUAGAGGAGCAACGCGUCAUGGCUACGGAGCAAAUGGGCCUGCCUUGGUACAUCCGCCGCUGGGAUCCCCGUCUCGAGUGGCCUGUGGACCAGCGCACCCUGCAUAACCUGCGCAAUGAGCGCGCUGAGAAGCUCAUCCGCAAGCGGCAGGGCCCAGCUGAGAUCGCGGCGCAGAAGGAUGAGAAGACGCGCAAGAUGUAUGAGAAGUAUGCACAGCAGGGAAUUUCUAUCUUUGAGCAUGUCCACGAUGCUGGCUCGGCUGUGCUGUACGAUAUACGCGAAAAUGUGGGGUUGCAGCCUAUCCAUCUGGUAGCCAUGAAUGGAUUCAUUGACGCUGAUAAGGUGACGAGAAUGAGCCGCGGGGAUAAGGUCGUCGGUGGGUGUAACCUCCUGGGAAAGGAGGACCGGCCGCGCAAGGAGAUGAUGAUGGCUUUUGAGUCGUGGUUUAGGAAGUGGAAGGGAUUGGACUUGGAAAGUGUGGUCUCGCCGUUUGCGCUUGGAGGAGGGUAUGCGGAGGCGUGGAUGUGGGUGGACAUCAUGAACAAAAUGUGUGUGGAGACCUUGGUGAAGGAGAAGAAGAAGAAGAAGCGAUUAUUAGACCGCUCGGACAUGGUUGAUUCAGCCCAUGAUGGGUUCGACCAAGUUGAUUCGCAGCGAGUCGUUCUGGAGGUUGAUGGAGAGCAAGUUGCUGCCGAGCUCAUUGGUUUGGGAGACGUUCACCUCGGUGACUGGGAGCAUGUCAAUACGGAGCACACCGCUUCGGAUCACGUCAACUCAACUUAUGCCAGCUUGGAUCAAGUUGACCCGGACCGCAUUCACUCGGAGUAUGUCGACUCGAAUCACGUCGACUUGGAUCAAGUUAACUUGAAGCGCGUCCACUCAAAGCAUGUGAACUUGGAGCACAUUAACUCAGAGCACGUCAACCUGCAGGUCUUGGGCACCCAAGUCGAGACUGCAGGUCUGUUUGUGGCCAUUGACGUAGAAGAGUGUGUUUCAACUCGGAGCAUAUCAACUGGAACUCGGCGCAUGUCGACUUGA